AUGACAUCAAAAACACUUUCUUCUCCAAACACCAGUCUAAGAUGGACACCCCAGAAGAACAAACUGUUUGAAAAUGCCUUGGCAAUAUAUGAUAAGGACAUCCCUGACCGUUGGAACAACAUAGCUAUGUUUGUUGGAGAAACAGAAGCUGAAGUCAAGAGGCAAUAUGAGAUGCUCCUUGAGGACAUAAAAAACAUUGAGUCAGGCAAGGUUCCCCUCCCUGCUUACAGGAGAAAUGCUGGAUGUACCAAAGUAAGCAUCAGCCAUGCAGAGCAAAGGUAA